GUCACGUGAGUCCGUUCGGAGUCACGUGACUGGGAGCUGCCGGGCGCGUCCGCUCUGUGCUGCCGGCGCCGCCGCCCGGGCCGCUCUCGCAGCUGCCGCCGCCGCCAUGUCGUGCUUCCCCGAGUUCAACGUGGACAACGGCUACCUGGAGGGGCUGGUGCGCGGCUUCAAGGCGGGCGUCCUAAGCCAGGGCGACUACGUGAACCUGGUGCAGUGCGAGAGCCUGGAGGAUUUGAAGCUGCAUCUCCAAAGCACUGAUUAUGGAAACUUCCUGGCCAACGAAGCCUCUCCCCUUACUGUGUCUGUCAUAGAUGACAAGCUGAAAGAGAAGAUGGUGGUGGAGUUCCGUCACAUGAGGAACCAUGCAUACGAACCAUUGGCGAGCUUCCUGGAUUUCAUCACGUACAGCUAUAUGAUUGAUAAUGUCAUCCUGCUGAUUACUGGGACUCUGCAUCAGCGCUCCAUCUCUGAGCUGGUGCCCAAGUGCCACCCGCUGGGGAGCUUUGAGCAGAUGGAAGCUGUGAAUAUUGCCCAGACCCCUGCAGAGCUCUACAAUGCAAUUCUGGUGGACACACCCCUAGCUGCCUUUUUCCAAGAUUGCAUAUCUGAGCAGGACCUGGAUGAAAUGAACAUUGAAAUCAUUCGGAACACAUUGUACAAGGCAUACCUUGAGUCCUUCUACAAAUUCUGCAAGGCUCUGGGAGGUACAACUGCAGCUGCCAUGUGCCCAAUCCUGGAGUUUGAAGCUGACCGGAGGGCCUUCAUUAUUACCAUCAACUCCUUUGGCACUGAGCUCUCCAAAGAGGACCGAGCAAAGCUGUUUCCUCACUGUGGGAAGCUGUACCCUGAGGGGCUGGCCCAGUUGGCAAGAGCAGAUGACUAUGAACAAGUCAAAACAGUAGCUGACUACUACCCUGAGUAUAAGUUGCUGUUUGAAGGAGCUGGUAGCAAUCCUGGAGACAAAACCCUUGAGGACAGAUUCUUUGAGCAUGAGGUGAAGCUGAACAAGCUAGCUUUCCUUAACCAGUUCCACUUCGGGGUCUUCUAUGCCUUCGUAAAACUGAAGGAGCAGGAGUGCCGUAACAUCGUGUGGAUUGCAGAGUGCAUUGCCCAGCGGCACCGAACCAAGAUCGACAACUACAUUCCCAUAUUCUAACCAUACCCUCAGCCUGCCUGGCCCUCCUGCUGCUUGGAGCCCAAUUGGACCAUCCCUUCCACCCUGACAAAUGUGCUCUGAGUUAUCCCUGCACCUGACUCCAGGGCAGCUCCUCCGGAACUGGAUCCGAGGGAAGCUGUACAGUCUCAAGUUAAAUUAUUCACAAGCUGAACUUCCUUGAAGUUGUUUGAGGUAGUUGUGCUUUGAGGGAUCCAGCAGGACCUCUGAGGUGAGCUGGACCCUAUGCACCUAUGUAGCAGGAGGGUUAUAGUCCACGCAUCUCAUUGUAGCUAUGUCACUGUACUGAUCUGCUGUGUGCAAUUGUGCUGAUAGGGUGGCCUCCAGUUUGAAGGAAGUGGUCUCUCAGCAAGUCUCUCCACUGACGAGAGAUGCCUCAGAACUGUAUUGGUCAACUUUGUCCCCUUUGUUGGUGCUGAGAGAGUGCCUCCUCUAGUCAGUAUUGUCCCUAUGAGGCUUAAUUUGAAUGUGAUUCUCUUAGUGUAGCAGAUGCUGCUGUGUAUUCCUGCAUCACCCUGUAUUUGAAUCCUUUGAUGAUGAGAGACUGAGAAGUUUAAGUGCCAGGAACUUGUCUCAACUGUCUGGAUUGCAAGAGUUGAGGACACAGAGUGGUUCCUGUUGGUUAGGGCAGGAGCCUGGGCAGCUUGCAGUCAUGGCAUUCCUUCCCCAUAGUCAUCAGGGACCACGGGAAAGGAUAAUCCCCAGGUUUUAUGUCCCAGGGAGCCUUCUUGUUUGGAGGCAGGGCAGUCUCUUCAUGGAGAAAAGCUGAUCCGGGAAGCACCUUUGCAAAGAAAGGGCACUUGCUAAACUACCCUCAGUUUGGUUAGUGCAGUGCCAGAGUGGCUGUAGCAUGCAAUGAAAGCAGGGGAGGGGAGGAGGAAGGGCAGUAUGUCCCUACCUGCCAGCCUUUCCCAGUCCCUGAUGUCCCAGGGUCCCUUCUGUGUUGUUCAGCCAAGCCAUGAAUGUGUUCUUUCCCAUUCUGCUGGCUCAGUGUGGUUGUCCUUCCAGGCUGUCUGCUUGCACAGACUGGAGCAGGCACUAGUUCCUGGCCUACUCCAGCCAUGCAAUGAUUUGUGGGGAUGCUGCUGAGUGAGAAAACCAGGCCCUGAGGACACCUCUGCUGUCCCUGUAGGGAAUAUAUCACCACAGUGACCCCGGGCUCAGUCCUAGCAGCAGUAAAAUUCCCCAAGGAGUUUGGGCAAUGGGCUUGCUUGUCUGGCUAGCCCCUUGGCACAGGGCUCUUAUAAGCAUCAUUAUAACACUUAUUUAUCCACAAGACCAUUCAAAUGACCAGUUGCUAUUUCUGGGCCUGUUGUUUAUCGGAAGCUGCCACUCUCAUCCCUAUCUUGGCUAAAAAAUAAUCAUAUUUAAAAAUAGUGGCCCUCAGCAAAGGGACCCUGGUGUGGCCUCUGUCAUCUCAUCACCUUUCCUGUUCUGCAGGGUUGUGGGCUAUAGUCUCAGUAGAUUAGAAGCUGUGCAGGUAAUGGACUACAGUGCUGCCUGCCACCACCAUGCACAGACAGGGUGCAGCCUCUGAGUGCUGCUGCUGCUGCCUGUUGGGGUGGCUUUUUGCUGCCCCUUUAGUGCAGGUUUAGCUGGUGGGCUGCCUAGCUGCCCCAGGCAGUGUAGGCAUGGAGGCUCCCCUGCAUGUCCUUCUGAUUUGCUUUGAGUUAUUUAGAAGCAAAGUCAAGUCCCUAUGGAGGGUGGGAUUGCUGCUGCUCUUUACAUAAAGCAGUGUGGUGGUCAUUGCCCUCAGCUGCAAUGACCAAACCAACAUGAAGCAGCACCCUGGGCCCAGUGAGCAUCGUGCCAGCAUACCCUAGAGCGUUUCAGUCACUCUACAGUUUAAGCUGUUGGAGUUGAUUCUGCCCGUCCCUGGAGCCUGGCUCCACUGCAUGCAUGUGCCCACGCUAUCAGCCCAAAGGGAGUGUGGACACUAUGCUGAGGGUUGUCAUUCCCACAAAGGCCUGGUCCUUGCCUGCUCUGGCCUGGUGCUCCAUAUUGAGAGGUCAGGGCAGGGGUAGGCAGCAUUAGGUACGUCCCUCAUUCCCUUGGAGCAAGUGAUCCAGCCCAGACUGCGUUUGUUGUGACAUGCCCAAGACUUGCCCAUUGGGCAUUGUGAACAGUGGUGCCCUGGGCCCCCAUAGCCUUCUGGUGCCAGCAAGGGGGUCUUGUUCAGUGUGUGGCAGUGGAGUGAUGCCUGUGCUGUUGGCAAGUGGGUAUAGAAGGGUGGGGAGCAGGCCUGCCCCAGCCCAUGAUGCAGUACCUUGCUGCUCACUGCUUGAAUGCAGAAUGUUUGCUGUACUGGCCGUCUUUCCUCCUUCCUCUGUGACAAUAAAUAUCUGCCUGAAGCACUGGGCUGCCUUGA